ACAAAAACGAGGGUUAGGGCAAAAAUCUAGGGGUAGGGGAGGUAUUGGGACGGGCCCUAAGGCUGAUUUAAAAUGGACACCCCCUCCCCUCAGUGUAUCAUAGAAAUUACAAGACUACCAUUUGCAAUUGCAGCUCUCCUACCCCACUUUUACUUCCUUGGCCAGGUGUUCUUUUGUAUUCCUUUGUUUAUCUGAAGUAAUCGUGACAUUUCAAGUUAUUUGUGAUGAAAUGCUUAAACCUUUUUCCCAGCUGUGUUAAUAGUCAACUGUCAUGAGUAACAAAAAGUGAUUUUUAAAGGGAGAGGUAUAUUAGUGGGUUAUUUUUUACACAGGUCUGCAAACCCUGGUUGCUGGAUUCCUGUGAAUGGUGUUUCUGUCCACAUGUCUGUGUACUCAAGUUUUCACAACAGUCCAUUGUUUUUUUUCUCCUUGCAUAAUUUGUCCUUUGUUUUCAUACAAAUAGUUUUAGCAAUUGUCAGGAAUCUUCCUCACCUUGUAGACACAAUCGUCAUUUUAUUUCGGUUUUUACAGUCUUACUGUGAUAAGGGGAAUUGUUUGUUCCUAAAUAUGUGGCUGUUGACCAGUUUGACCAGUUUGGUGACUUUUGGUUCAUGUUAUGCACAACGCAAUUUCAGUGGUUGUAUGGAGCAAAACUGGUUGUUGCAGGAUGUUGGAAGCUCACAAACAAGUGACUAACUCACAGCUUACAGUGUAUACUGUAUGAGUCAAAGCAGCAUCUUGGCUUACGGAGCUCUGUAUUUUUGUUGUUAUUUCUGCUUUUGGAUGGUUUUUUUUCCCAAUGAUACUGCCCAUACCUAAACUAGGGGCCUUCCUUCUUUGCUGUAAUCUGAAUCAUCCCUUUCAGCACAUGCUCUGAAGGGCAGUACCGUUCCUCUCAGGUGACACAGGAGGUCUGACGAGCUGUUUAGCAUCACCAACCGGUCAGUAUGGAAAAUUCAGGUCUGAAACCAAAUGAAAGAUCAACAAUUGAGAGGCCUGUUCUGCCCAUCCCUGAUUAUGAAACACUGUUUCCAAAGAAGAGGCAUGGAGUAAUGGGUCAAACUCGCUGGGAUAGCAUCAUAGCAGAGGUGAAUCAAAGGCGGAUGAAUAAAUCUCUUAACUGCAGUGGGGCAGAGACGAGUGCUAGUGGUCAUGAUAAAUCAAAAGCUACCUUUCCACCUCCUGUGUCUCAUCAGAGUACUUUGGAAUCACAGGAAACUCCAGGUGAAAGUUCUGAUAAAAAGAUUGGUCCCAGUUCCAAAAAAGCUCUCCAACCCCUCAAGCCUAUCUUAUCUGAUAGAAAUGUUGACGUCAGUACCAAGCAAGCUUACCUGCCACCUAAGCCAGUCUUCCCUGAUAAAAUGGUUGGUACCAGUUCCAAACAAGCACUUCAGUCUCCCAAGCCAGUCACACCUUGGCAGACUAUUGAGGUGACUACCAUGACAAGCAACUUACCUGCUACUCCAACUAUUGAAAAGUCUUUCAAAGCACCUAACACAGUAUUGAUGUCUGCACUCAAAAAUAUCCAGAAGAGAAAUUUGCGUUAUACAAAACCAGAACAACUUAAUGGAAAUGAAAAGAAGGCACUUGGUGGUGUCAGUGACCCUGAUCAUCUAAAGGAACAACCUGUGUCAACUGCAACAGUGCUUUCGGACACCAGCCCUACAGGUGUGAUCAAAACUGAAAGUGUCACACAAGUGGGGCCCCUUGUUAAUUCCAAACCUAUGAUGCCAACCAAAAACCCAAUGAGAGUAACCCAAAAUCAGCAGUCAGAAUGUGCCACUAUACCAGUGGAGGUGGUUUCAGAUUGUGAUGGUCAAUUUUCACCACAUUUUAACUUGAUAGAGACACAGGCGCCAUAUUCAGAUAUGUUUUUUGAAGAGGAUCCUUUCCCUUGUGACCAGCUCCUUUCCCAUGAUCCAUGGCAGUUACCACAGAAGAAUGUAAAUGAUGGAAUGUUUCUAAUAAAAGAGGAUAAGAGAGCAUACCUGAGUGAGAGACGUGAUUACUUUGUUAAGACUUUUGCAUCUGAUCCUCCAAACGAUCCAUUCUUAAAUGAUUCCAAAAAUGACUUGAGCGGGCCUUCUGAACAUAACGAGUCGGUUGAGAUAAUUUCACCCACUCCCCAAAUUACCCUAAAGAAACAUCGAGCUCCCCUGCCUCCCAUGACCUCAAGUAGUAUCGGCAUUAAGGCUAAACUAGAAAGACACACAAGAGAAAGUUGUCAGGAGUCUGAUAUUAAAACUAACAAUGAUAUCUUGGAAAAUAGUAUUUCCUCUAUAAUUAGUGAGGAGCAGGGGAAUACAGAAAACACUCACGUACCCUCAUUUACUGAGCCAGCUUCUACCAAGACUGCAUUUGUUGAAUCAUCAUCAAAACAACAGGUUGAAUUUAUGGCCAAACCAAAACAUUCACAAACCAGUUCCUCUGCAGAGAAACAUCCCCAAGCAAAUUCCAAGAGACUGAUGUCAGCACUGGAAAAUGCUCAGAAAAGAAAUGUGAAUGUAAUGAAAACUGUGGCUACAGAAAGAGUGCUAGACACAAAAUCAGCUGGUAUGGUUGAACAGAUGAAAUCUACAGAGAUUAUUUCCAAAGUUGUCACACCCACUCCCCAAAUUACCCAAAAGAAACGUCUAGCUCCUCUGCCUCCGGUGACUUCAAGCCAUUCCAGGAUUAACACCAAACCAGAAAAUUGCCUAGAAUUGUCUGAUGUUACACCCAAGGAUGACAUCCUUAUGGAUAAUAGUAAUUCCUUUACAAGUAAUGAGGAGCAAAAGAAUGUAGGACACAUAGACAUAUCCUCUGAUGCCAUGGAAACUGAUACCAAGACUACAACUGCUGAAACAUCAAAACACCAAGUUGAAGCAGAACAUUCGCAAACCAGUCAGCCUCAACCUGAUGAGCUAGGAGGUACCCAACACGAAAAAUAUGUCAGUCAAACUGCAAUGAGACCUGCUACAGAGAUUUUGACAUUGAAAGAGGAUAAUCAGACAGAUGUCAUUGAAGUUGAGCUGAUGGAAAAGGUAUAUGAAGCAGCAGAUACACAGAAGACUUUCCAGCUUGAUCCUUUUCCUAGUGAUACAAUCCCACUCAAGGACCCAUGGAAUAUACCAGAACUGAACACACAUGAUGACUGUAUUUUUACAGAUGGGACAGAGACAAAUAACACAAAAGUAGUAGAUGAUUGUUUGACUCUGGAUGACUUUGAUAAUAUUUUUGGAUCAAAUAUUCAAGCAGAUUCAUUUUCUAACAGUUUUUCUAAGAAGUUAUCUGAGCAAAAUAAAUCCAUGGCUAUAAUAGAUGGUGGUACACCUGUUCCUCAAAAUCUCCCAAAGAAACCGGUACCAUCACCUCCUGUGAGUUCAAUCGAUUCAGAUAAGCAGAAGUCAGAGCCUGAUAUUACUUUGGAUCCUGUCCUCUUGAACAUGACUCUUGUAGUCACACCCAAUGAGGAACCAAUGAAUACAGAAUCCUUGGACACAUCCUUGUCAUCACAGCCUGGGGCCUUUCUAAGGAGAAAGGUUGAGGCAAUUGGUAUUACACCAAAUCACAUAGAAAUGGUGAUGAAACCUGCUGAGAAGACGCUGAAAGAGAUGGAGGUCAUUCCAAUGAGUCACAGUCAGCAUGUUACUCUUUGUCAAAUUGAGUCAUUGGAAAAUGCCCCUGAUGUAGACACAGAAAACAUUGAAUGUGGUCCUUCUUCUAUUGGUGUACGCCUUUCCAAUGACCCAUGGAACUUACUACAUGACAAGAAUGAUGACACAUUUGCACAUAGCACAAAGGAAGAGAUAAAUACAGACAAAACUGGUUUGUCCCCAAAUGAGUUUGACAGAAAUUGUGAAACAGAUAUUCCUAGAGAUCUGAUUUCUGUAUCUUCUGAUAGCGAUGUUGUUAUAUCUUCAGAGCAGAAAACUGUGGAAAUCAUCCCAGAUAUCAGCCUCUCCCCUCCCAUUUUAUCAAAGGAACAUCAAGACCCAUUACAUCAUGGAAACCUCAGUGCACACUAUGAGGCCAAACCCGACACACCAGAGACUAGCUCAAAUGUGUCCAGACAAAAUACAGAUCCAUGGAAAGAAGAAAACUUGUCAUUGGCAAUUACAACUACAUCUGAGAAAAACACACCUACUGAAAUUUCUCACACACAACAGGAUAAAAUGUAUCCCAUUCCAAACCAAACAAAAAUUAGUCCAUCUGUAGACCACCUGUCUCAUAUGAAUUCACACGUCACAGAGAGUAUGUCUAAGACCAAUUCAGAAAAAUACAGUGGAGGACCUAUGCCUCAUGUAUUGAAACCAAAGUCCAGUUAUAACACCCUGGAGACUGUCCACAGUUAUGAGAACUCUCAUGGCAGAGGCAUGGAGGGACCAUGGGAUGCAAAAACCUUUGGCACAUCCCCAUCUUUCUCAGCCCCCACUAUGACCACUUCUGAUGCUCAUUGGGAUAGCGAUUCUGAGGAAUCUCUAAUUUGUAUUUCAACAAACAUUACAAGGUCACCACAUCAAAAUAAAUAUGACAAUUACAUUUCAAGUACAAUUAGUCUCUCUCCCCAAGUGCCUGAGCUCCAUAUCGCAUCAACCGAUGAAGGAAGUAGUUCCAAACCUGUACCAGAGAAUGCAGGAAAAAUAUUGCAAUGGGAGCCUAGAGCUGGGAUUCUUGAUGCCAUCCUGGAGGAAGACACCACUGUAGUCAGACCCAAAGAGAACCUUUGGGGGGAACAUCAUUUCCCCACAUCAUUUCCCCCAAAAGCAACUUUUCCACCUUCUAUGCCCACAACAGAGACACAUAGGGCAGGACGUGAGUCCCCUGUGUAUGCCCGGAUCUCACCGUUAGAGGUACAGGCUGGUGUCCCAGAUGGCAUUGGUUUGGGGUUGGCAUCAAUCCCACUCAGGCCUCACCCAGUGAAACCAUUAAGCUCUAAAGAAAGCCAGCACCCCAGCAGCAGCAGCAGCGUUGCAGUGAGCAAGGACCUCAAGUCCAUUAGCAUCACUGAUAUGCCAGAGAAAGUCAAGGGUACUGGUAGUGGUCCAUAUACUCAGCUCACUCAGGAGGAGCUCAUCACCCUGGUGGUCAAGCAGCAGACUGAACUCACCAGGAAAGAUGAGAAGAUUAUGGAGUUGGAGGAGUACAUUGACAACCUACUGGUGCGGGUCAUCGAGGAGCAGCCCAGCAUUCUCAUGUCACUUGCAGCCGCCAAGGGCUCCCACUAGUGGUCGACUGUGUGAAUGGGAACUGUGGGCCUGAAGGCUUGUCUUAAUUAUCUCUCACUAUCUGUCAGGCUUCUGUUUGUUUGUGUUAGGGGGAUUAAAUCAAACUUUGCACAAAGAUUUUGCUUCCAGCUGGAGUAUCAUUCUCUAGCACUACCCUUGGCUGUAUUAUGCACUUUUGAUGGAAUAUCUGUUAAUGAACUUUUCAUGAAGGCUAGUACAUGAAGGAGUGGAAAUCUAUAGUGGUGGUAAUCAAGAAACUCUAAGAUACUGACUGGUGUCAGAAAUCUAUAAUAAAGAAACUGACUAUUUACAUGUUUCUGUUUCUACCGAAGUUAAGUGGUUGACCUAGUAUUUCAGAAACUUGUACAUGAAAACUGUGUCACCUUGUGCUCUUAAUUGUAACACUCAAAAUGGCAGACAGUUCAUUUGUGACAUUUAAUGGUUAUUAACUUAAUUGUAGCUUUUGACUGAAUGGCUGUGCUGGAAGGUGUCCUUAAGAGUAUAUAAAACUGGAAGGAUCACCAAUAUUUAUUACACUGCUCUAAGGCUUACUGCUGUCUGUCAGUGUCACUACUGCAGCAUGUUUAAUUAUCUUUUGAUCAUGAGUAACAUGGCUUCUCUUGUUUACUGCAGUCAUCGUUGAUAUACAGGCCUUACCAGUAACUUGUUGGUCUUGUGCUUGGUCGAACAAUGUUGAAUGCAUCAGAUUGAUUGUUCUGGUUGAGUUUGUGAUCUCUCGUUCAGCAAUAGCACAGCUGAGUUUUAAUGUUGUCUUCAUAUAAAUUAUUUCACUGUAAGGUCAUGCCCGUUUUAUAGCAAUGCAUUUUAUUAUACUGUUCAGGUACCAAAAAUUAAUUUAGCUAAUGGUUUAGGAACACUUUUUUUCAGGGCCUUUGGAUUGUGUUCCUACCUUGGCCUUACAUUUAAAGAAUGUUGGAUAUCAGUGUCUGACAUGAUAUCUUUGCUGUUUGUUGUAUGACUGUUAUAUUUUUGUUUGAAAUAUUGCAAUAUCAGUACAGAGAAAAGUCACAUUCAUGAUGACUUGCUGGUUGUGUUAGUAAUUUCCCAACAGCCAUUACUAAUUCAACCAAAACAUUCCACAUUUGUCUUUUGUUCUGGUGCUCUGUCAAGUAUCCAAUUAUUUAGAUGAAAUUGUGCAUUUUAUUGAGGGACACUGAAUAUCUUUGAAUGACUAACAUGAUGCUAACAUGCUACAUUGAGUUUUAAUGUUACACUACUUGAUUUAAAGUGAAUUGAUAAUUAACCAAAAUAUUUGUAAUAUCUCGGACCUAAAGGUAGAGUCAUGCUGCCUUAAGUCAGUAUCAUUAUCAUGUCAGGGACCGUGCCUUGUUUGUUUGUACAUAUGCAAUACAAUGACUAUCCGCUGAUAAUUAACUUUUCACAUAAAAUGUUAAGUUAAUACGUUAUUUUGAUUGGUUUAAAAAUGGCUAUUUAAUUCUUAUCAUGCCUUUGUAACACUUUGUAGAUCUCACACUGGACUUAAUCUCGAAUAUAGAUAUGAGCACAGUCUUGAUGGAAUGAUGAAUGUAUGAAUAAAGUGAUUCUAUGCAAUCAUG